AUGCCACUAUUUGCUGAUCAGAAGAUCAAUGCGAUGCGAGCACAACGAUUUGGAAUAGCCAGGGUACUGGACAAACUCAGACUCACUCCAGAAAUUGUCCACGAAGCUAUCGCUGAUGUGCUUGAGAAUGAGAAUUUUACAAUACGGGCUCGAAAACUCUCCAUGAUGCUGACUGACAAACCAACAACUCGACCAUACUCAUCUCUCAGUUAUAUCUUGAAGUUAGCCACAAGCGAUGCAAAGUAUUAUACACUUCGAGCCGCUCAGCGCUUGACAUUCUUUGCUUUCUACAACUUGGACGUGGUCGCCACCCUAGGACUUGCUGUCACUGUGUUAUCAAUAAACGUUUGA